AAUAGCGUUGAAACCAAAAAACUCGAUGAUGCUAAAUACAUUGAACCUGGACAUGCUCAUUUUAUCACUAUAAAUCUCCUGCAACUCAAACCAUAUUCAUCACAAAUCAAUCACAUUUGCCUUUCCAUUCUUAUCACUGGCUCACCAUUAUUAACUAACUCCUUUUUUUUUUUUUUAAUUUUUUUGUUUCCGCCAUUUUCUCAGCUGCCAUUUCCUUCAACAUGUUUGCAACAAAGUCUUCCGUCGUGCCCGAAAGCGAAACGCUGAGAAGGAAAAACGAGGAAUUGGAGAAGGAAUUGAAGAAGAGCAUCGAAAGGGAAGAGAAAAUGAGAGAGGAAUUGAAUAAGACGUCGGAGCGGCUGAGGGUGGCUGAGGAGGCGGAGGAGCGGCUUUGUUGUCAGCUAGGUGAGUUUGAAGCCGAGGCUGUUGAUCAGGCUCGGACCUACAGGAUCCGGAUCCAUACUUUAAUGGAUCAGCUUUCGCUUGCUCAGAAACUUCUUCAGUCUGCUUCUGUUAUUCUACCCAAUUCUCAAUGACCGUUCACGGAAUUUGGUAUACUGAUUUGAUAUAAAGGUGUUUCUCUGUUUGAUGUUUGAUAGUAUUUGGCUGUUGUGUGUUGGCAUAUAUUUGCUCGGACUCUUAAAAAUGUCAGUGGAUGAGUGUCGGAUUCUCCAAAAGUAAUAUAUUUUUGAAGAAUACGAGACAGGUGUGUGGCAUCAAAGGUGCAGAGUCGUAUACAACUUAGGUGUAAAAUGGCGAUUAUGAAAGAUUGAUUAGGAACUCAGGAGUGUUGUGUAUAUUGUAUUGGCUUUCUCUCCUCCUCUCUUUUUGGAGAUCUAAUGGGAAAUUUGUGUGUACAUUUAGUUUU